AUGGAAAACCAGCUCUAUUAUGACAGCCUGGGGUCCUGCAGUCCAUACCAAGAAGCUCCCCAGGGUGCCAACGACUUACUGCUCCUGCUGCUGGGUCUCGUCAUUCUUGUCAACAUUGGGAUCAACGUGGUAACUGCGAUGUGGCAUGGACUCCAGAAUGCCUUAGACAAGAUGAUACAUUGGAUUCAUCUGAAAAAUGAGAUCUUCCAGGCUUCCGAAGGUUCCCCCAAAGACGCCCCGGCCAAGACCCAAGACGUUCACAUCCACUGUGCCCUGGACCCUGUAGAAGUGAAGAUGGCCCGGCCCACCUGCCAUCGCUCUUCCUCCUACCGCUGUCUCCGCAGCCCCCGCUGCAGCUGUCGCCGCCACCGCCGCUGCAGCCACCGCCGUGGCCGGCACCCCGGCCACCACCGCCCCUGCAGCCACCAGUGGGGACUGAGGAACCAUAGGCAUUUCCCCCCCAACCGCUCCGUCUUCCACAGUCACUGUCACAGCCACAAGAUGUCACAGCUGCGGCCAGUGCCCUCCUUUGAUGAGGACAACCUCGACUCCUGCCUGGAGGAGGAUGACCUAUCCUUCCCGCACCCCAAGUACCCACGGCGGGGCUGGGGAGGGCUCUCCCAGCCGGUGGGCCUGCCCUCCAACUUGGGGCCGUGGGGCCGCCAGGGUGGGAUCCUGGCCGGCCUGCCACCACCUCCUCUGUACCUGUCACCUGAGCCGCGCCGCAUGCCCAAGCGCGUGGAGGCCAAGCCGGAGCUGAGGCUGCAGUCCUACGGGCCCCACUGCCCCCAGUCCCGCAUCUGGGGCAAUCUGGAGGCUGAGCAGCGGACCCCGUCUCCACCACCCGUCCGCCGGCUGCCCCCCGGCCCCUCCCGGGUCCCCGCGGGACACAGCCCUUACCCCUCAGGGGCCCAGCUACUCCAUGACUCCCGGGAUCAGUGGCGGCGUGGUCUGGAGGGCUCCGGACCCCCCUGUGCCCUGGUGCCCCGGGGGUCCCGGCCCGAGGCCCGGGAGCCCUGCUCCCCCCAGGCCCACCGGCAGAGCCUCCCUGGCCACGCUCACAGCCAGUCCAACCGCAGCCCCCACCCAUCCACGGGGCACUUGGGCUACGGCGCCCGGGACCCCCACGAGGUUCGGCGCCGGACGGGCGAAUGCACCGAGGCAACGCCCGCCCGGCACCCUCUGACCACCGCAUCCCUCACCGUGCUGGGCGAGACCUCCCACCGACGGGCCCCGGCUCCCGGCUCAGCCCUGCUGCCCCGCUCCUCCCGGCCCCCGCCCGAAGUCCAGGCUCCCGAGCCGCCCCCAGCCCAGCCCACCUUCAGGCCACUCAGCCGGACCCCGGGGGCCAAUGGCAGCUACCAGGUAUACGACAGCCUGGAGCUGAAGCGGCAGGUCCAGGAGAGCAGAGCGCGGGCCAGCUCCCUGCCGCCCCCCUGCACCUCGGCCUCCAGGCCCGCCCUGCACAGGAGCCGGAACGGGAAACUCCACUGA